CAUAAUGCCCCUCCCACUUUACAAAUGUAUUUAUUUUCGAAAAAUCUAACCUAAAUUUUAACAUAAAAAUAACAACGAACGAACGAUAAUCAUGUUUUUUACAAUGCUGACGUUUAUCAUAAACACAUUUUAUUAUAGUUUUUCGUUUUUAUAUUAUUUAUUGUCAUUUUGUCACGCAGUCCUGCCUUUUGGACUGGAUAUCGGCUUGGUCGGGUAUGCUGCGUAUUAUUUGACUAAAUUGAAGAAACCUGAGCCAGAGAAUGUGAUCAGUAUAUUUGGGCCGGACCCUUGGGGUAAGGAAAGUCAGUAUAAACCUGAGAAAGUGGUGCGUUGUAUCGCUCAUAGAGGCGCUGCUUUAGAUGCUCCCGAAAACACUAUGGAAGCCUUGAAAUACUGCGUGGAACAUGACUGCAAUAUCAUAGAAUUGGAUGUACGAGCCUCCAGGGAUGGGAAGCUGGUACUUCUCCAUGAUGAGGGCUUGGAACGGCUGACUGGUACGGACAUAUCCAGCAUCAGAAAUGUUGAUUGGGAUCGGAUUAAAGAUAUUGAUGUAGGUGCCACUCAUCCUAACAGGAAGCAAUUCAAAGAUGUCCGCCUCUGUUUACUGGACGACGCCCUAGAUUAUCUGUUGGCGAAUAACGUCAAAGUCAUUAUUGACGUUAAAGGCGAAGACAAGCAGGUAAUUGCCGGCGUCCUGAGUGCAUACGCGACGCGUCCAUCUCUGUACCAACACGCCGCCGUCACAUGUUUCAAUCCAUUCGUUUUAUACCAGAUUCGUAGGAGCAACCCUGACAUAGUUGGCGCUCUCAGCUACCGACCUUACUGCUUCAGUUCACAAGAUUAUGAUGCUGAGAAGGGACCCAAUAAUCCAAGGUUUGGAGAAAAUUUGGCAAUUCAUGGCGCGCUUCGUCUGGCGGAUGCAGUCCACGCGUUACUGUGGCGGUGGGCGGCGCGCUGGUGCGCCGUCAGCGCUGUCCUACUGCACAAGGAUAUUGUCAGCCCGAGUGAAAUCCAUUACUGGAGAUGGCUAGGUAUCCGCUGUGCUGGUUGGUGUGUUAACAGGCCAUUGGAGAAAUUGUACUGGCGUGGAGUUCUCAAGUCGCCUUACCUUGCCAACACGCUACUUGGAGAACCCGAUGUGGAGGGCAAGCGGCCAGAGAAAGAACUCAGCAACGACCGCCCAGGUCCACUCGUCGACAAACUCCUCGAACCCGAACGGAAAAUGUCGUCAGGACAAAACUAAAUUUAAAAAUAUUUAUACACACUAUAAUUUAAUAUUAACACUUUAAUAAUUCUGCGAUUUUUACACUGA